UCAUCUAUCUAUUUGUCCAUCUUUAUCCACCUACUCAUGUAAGAGUGACCCAUUUCUCUGCAAGUUUUUACUAGAUGAGUUUUCUCUCUCUCUCUCUCUCUCUCUCUCUCUCUCUCUCACACACACACACACACACACACACACAUAAUAGACACUUUCUGCCAAUACUUGUAUUUUGGAGAGAUUGUACUAAAAAAUAAAAAAGCAAGGUUUCGGCUGCAAUAUGUAGGGACGCACCACACAGAGUGGUUUGUUACACAAGGCAAUGUUAAGUGCACACACCCUUUUCUUUUACAGCAGAGUAUUAUGCACACAAUUACAUAAAAAUACUUAGAGCAUCCAUCAGUGGAUUGGUAUGCGUUGAAAAUUGUUGAUUUUCCUUUGGAUAAAUAUCACCCAUUUUAUUAGUACCUUAGAUCAGAUGCAAUCUUUUAAUGUUGGUACUGGACUUAUUUUGUGACGAAAUUUGAAAAAUACAGCAGUAAAACCAAAUGCUUCCAUUGAAUACAUUUGAGUGCAUAUCAGACGGUUUGUUUCCCAGACAUUAGGUUAUAUAGUAACUGGUUUUUAGGGACUGGACUUUAACAUGAAAUUAUUUUGCAUAUUUAAACAAGAUGAUCUGUUGGCCAGUUCGGAUGAUUAGAAGCAGUGGCAGUGAGAGGACGCUGCUAUUGGGCAGUGUAGAUAGGAAAUGUGUGUGAGAGCUGCACUCAGGGAAGGGAGGGGGUGCUUCCCUUAAUGGCGCACAACCCCCAUAGUAUCAGAUCCCUCAGCACCACAGUGAGAGCAGAAUGCCAUAAAACAACCAGCCCUUACUGGCUGAUCAUUUGUUGUAAAGGCAAAUCGUCCAGAUUAAUCCUUCCUAGACUAACUCACCGUUUUCAGUUUGACACAGUCAUUGUCACUGUUACUUUUACUCCAAGAAGGUUGUUUAAUAAGACAAUAGUUGUGCAAGUCCCAAGAAAUCGUGUAUAACUGUCAUUUGCGCUUUUACGCAACGAGUGUGCACUGCGCCCCUGACGCACAUUGAGUCCAGACAGCUGGUAUUUCUGCUCUGGGCACUGGCUUUCUGGCUCUGGGGGAUGUGCAUGAUUUUAUUGGCAAAGGAGAUGCACUGUGUGACACAAGAGACCCUCCCCUGGCCAUAUGGGAAUAUGUAAGCGCGGGGUAAAUGCUGCUUCAGACACAGUGGCACAGUCAAUGGCCUUGGUUUUGUUACAGGACCAGGUAUUACAGUGACAAGGGGCAAAUAUAUAUAUAAAUAAGGAUGCCAUGCCAAUAGAAAAUCCAGCUGUGGCACUGGUGAUGCUCCGCUGUGCGAACCGUGGUGCCCUGGGCAUAAGGGAUCCCUGCAGUGAGCGCUGGAGACGGAUUUCCCCGGGCACAGAAUAUAACAUCUGUGGGCACAGUGGGCACAGGGGGUCCCUGCUGUAGGGGCAAAGGAGCCGGCUAUAGGCUGCUUUCCGUUCCACGCCGAGAGAGCCCAGGGGAAGGCAGGAGUUACACUGCAGAUUACAUGCUCCUAUGAAACUAGCAAGUGACGAUCUGUUUCUUCCCUUGAGAUGGCUACAAAGAAAAGGGCCCAUACUUGUAGCUUGUCAAUUUCCCCGUGUGAUCACAUGACCAGCACCUCCCUGCUAAGGAUGGGGAUAGAUUUCCACGUCAGCUUACGUCUUCCAAUUUCUACUUCACGGAUCUGCUUCAAAGAGGCAGCUGCAUUAGGGAAUGAUGUUAAGCUCAGCUAAUGCGGACAGCCCGAGGUAGCCUAAUGAUGGAUUUUGAUGAGCGUGUUCCUUGCUCCUCUAACAUGUAUUUGCCAAGUUGCACUUACUACGUCUCGGGUCCUGAUUUCUCCAGCCUUCCUUCAUUCCUGCCCCAAACCCCAUCUUCUCGUCCCAUGACAUAUUCCUAUUCUUCCAACCUCCCCCAGGUCCAACCAGUGCGAGAAGUUACCUUCAGGGAAUAUGCCAUUGACACGUCCAGUAAGUGGCACCACAGGAACAAUCUGCCCCACUGCUACUCAGCAGAGGAGAUCAUGCACAGGGACUGCCUGCCUGCGUCCAACACUGCUAGCGUGGGGGAAAUGUUCGCCAAAAACCCCACUAAUGUCUACCACCCCAAUGCCAACGUUUCGUCCAAUUUCUAUAGCACAGUGGGCAGGAAUGGGGUGCUGCCACAAGCCUUUGAUCAGUUCUUUGAGACAGCCUAUGGCACCACGGAAAGCCAGCCCUCGGAUUAUUCUGUGGAUAAGAGCUGCGACAAAGUGGCGGCCGCAGCAGCGACAACUUCAAGUUCGGAGGCGUGCAGAGAGCCGGAGGAGAAAGAGAGGAGAGCAGAGAGCAGCGGCAGGAGCAGCAGCAGCAGUUCCCAGUCAUCUUCCGGCAACAAUGAGGACAAAGCCAACAGCAGCAGUGGGCAGCGUACGCGCAAAAAAAGGUGCCCUUAUACCAAAUACCAGAUCAGAGAAUUGGAAAGGGAAUUCUUCUUUAGCGUCUAUAUUAACAAAGAAAAGCGCCUGCAGCUCUCACGGAUGCUCAACCUGACUGACCGACAAGUCAAGAUCUGGUUCCAGAACAGAAGGAUGAAAGAGAAGAAAAUUAACAGAGACCGCCUGCAGUACUAUUCCGCUAACCCACUGCUAUGAGACUAGCUGGGGGUUCAGGAUUCAUUCCCAGUCACCUUGACAAGGUCAAGCCCACAGUUUCAUAGAUAGAGAUAUGGACCAGACAGGGCUUUGGAAUACAUGUUUCUAUGGACUGACCCAAGCCUGGGACAUCCCUUGCCGUGGUUUUUGUUUUAUCCCAGUAAACUGAGCACAGUGAUGAUGGAACAAGGAAGGCCCUCAAUUUUAGUCUACUAUUCUCCUGGUUAUGGCUGAACAAAUACAUGGUCUAUGGUACACUAUUUGGUACACACAGCGGACAUUGGUUGGUUUGUCAUUCGGGAUCAAUACAAACAAUUCCUAUACAAUAAGCUCACAUUCACUAUUUCAGGCUACCAUCCAUCAAAUACAAUAUUUGGUAGAGCCAAAUCCUUUCCCCGAUGGGAUUUAAGGGGACAACUUACCACAGGGGAAGAAUUUCCUGGUUAAUUUUAUGCCGAAUCUCCCCAAUCUGUUACUCGAAUUCAUGUUUUUAUUGCAAAGAAGCAACAUAUCAACAUGAAAUAUGAAGUCAGCACUUUCUUUGCUAAUAUCAAUCCGCCUGGGAGUCACAUGUGGAAAUGGAGAGUUUAGAUAGAGACAAGCAAGCAUUGCAAUCUGUUUGACUCUACAAGGCAAUCAAUCAGCAUACAGAGAAAGUAAUAAUUGCAUAAAAAGUAACAAAUAUAUAUGUUAUCUUUUUCAUACCAAAUGGCAACAAAUGGGGGCUGCAGUCUGCAGUUGCGUGCACAGGUUAUAAUCUAUGUUUAAAUGAAAUCUCUUUGCAAUAUAGUUGUCCUUAUGAGAACCAAAGUUAUUAAAUACAAAUAUAAAAAAAAAAUAUUUGAAAUUAUUAUAUUAGUUUAAGGGAUACAAAAUCCUAUUUGUAAUAUCUGCGUUUGAAUGUAUGUAUGUUUCAUAUGAAGUUUUACUAAAGAUGUAAAUAAAUAACAUUUGCUAUUUGGGUUAAAUAACCUUUUACACAUCUGGUGAGACAACAUUUUUUUUUACUAGUGCAGCAUUGACUUAUUUUCACCUAGAUUUCACUUUGUACCGACAUUUUUGAACCCCGCUAGACUUUUGGGAGGGUGAAACUUUUGGUAUAUUUCAUGGAGGAGUAAACACAGAAUGUCACUAUUUCCAUACAGAAUGUCUGUUCUCUGUGUAUAUAAAGCACGUUUUAUGCAGAUAAGCUGGGUUGCAUGUAUUCAGCAGCGCACAAACUAAUAAACAAGUGGGUACACAUGA